CGGAAGUAUGUCUUCAGUAAACGACGUUCUGCUAGCUUCACGAACCAACAGGCAAAUUCGGCAGCCAACAGUCGUUUAAUUUCACAAACCUCUGAGGUGCAACACUUUUAGCCGCCAAGAUGUUUAACAGAAUGACAAGCUUAUGGAUGGGUGAUUUAGACCCAUACAUGGAUGAAAACUUCAUUAAGCAAGCUUUCAGCACAAUGGGAGAGACUGCCUACGGUGUCAAAAUUAUUACACAUCGAGUUACCGGAGGCUCGGCUGGAUACUGUUUUGUGGAGAUGGCAGAUGAGGCCAGCGUUGAUCGUUGUGUGCAGAGGCUUAAUGGGAAGCUGGUUCCAGGAUCAAAUCCGCCCAGGAAGUUCAAGCUAAACUAUGCAACAUAUGGGAAAAGGCCAGAGCCUGGCCCAGAAUUCUCUGUCUUUGUUGGAGAUCUCACAUCAGAAGUGGAUGACUACCAACUUCAUCAGUUUUUUCUGAAAAAAUUCCCUUCAUGCAAAGGAGCCAAAGUUGUCACUGAUCCCUAUGGGAACUCCAGGGGUUAUGGCUUUGUGAAGUUUAGUGAUGAGAAUGAACAGAAGAAAGCCCUUGAGGAGUUUCAGAACGCAUCAGGCCUGGGAGGAAAAUCCAUCAGGAUAAGCAUUGCCGUCAACAAAGGCAACAAAUCAAGCAGUUACCACAACCAGAAUAACAGCUACAACAGCAACUAUCAACAGCAGUACUAUCAACAGCCCUAUAACAAUUACUAUCCACAGUGGGGCUAUGAUCAGUACAGCGGUUACAACUACGGAUAUAACCCGUAUGCUACCCCCCCACCAGUUCCACAUGGGAUGAUGGGAGUACCCCCACCUAUGGGGGUGCCCCCCAACCCCACUGACAUGCAGGGAUCCACAGAGUCCCAUGAUGGCACUGAGGAUGUUGAGGAGGACCCUGCUGAAGAUCCAAACCUGCAGGUGGAUGUGGAUGCAUUAAAUAAGCAAUACAUGGAGCGUAGUGAGGAGCUCUAUGAUUCACUCAUGGAUUGCCACUGGCAGCCAUUGGACAGUGUCACAUCUGAAAUUCCUAUGAUGAAUGGUUCUUGACUGACUGUACCAACCACUGUCCAGGAUUAUUAUACUUUGUGAAGGAACAUGCCUUUUUAUAAUGCUCUGAGCAAGUUUUCAGAGAAUGUUUUUCUCCUUUUCAGCUUUUUAUUUGGAGCUUCCUCCCAGCAGACAAGACGUUUUUCUAUGUACGUCUCCAUCACCCCUUUUCUUCUUUUCAGAGUUAUGUAGUUAAGGUUUUGUUGAACAGAUUUUUUUAAAAUAGAUGGAUAGAAUCUACUUCAAUACCAUUGUCAUUUUAACCGGGAGCUAUUCCUGAUCUUGCCUUAUUAAACUUUUCCAUUAUAGAAAUUUGAAGCAUGCUUUGUGGGUACUAAAACUAAAAUUGUGUGGUCUACAUUGGCAUUUAUAUAUCUUGUAAUAUAUCCCUUAUUGUCUUGUCAUGAGACCACUGAUGGUUUUUGAAGGCUUUGUUCAAGAGAUGGGUAAUUUUUAGCAAUGUUUGCAAAGCGAGACAACUGUAAAAUGAAUGCCACACUGACCCAAAAUGAAUCUGGCUGUCCUUAAAUUACAUACGAGUUUGAGCAUAAUUGAAUCACAAGUUUUUUUAUUUAAAGCUGAGAUUUUCAGAAAUUCUGGAGUAUUUUUGUAAUAAAAAAAUUAAUUGAGAUGGUCAAGGAUGAGCCUAAUAAAUUAAUGUGGUGUCUC